AUGUCCAUCUAUCCGCCUUCUCGCCAGCCUACAAAUGCUUUGAAUGGUGUCGGCGACAUGAGCGAUGGUUCAGGCACCAUUAAUCCUGCAGCUCUGAACGCUAGUGGAGGAUUAAUACAGUCGUCAACCGAUUCAGCCCCCCGAGGCAUCAAGAGAAGCAGAUCACCUGAACAAUACGGCGAAUAUCCGCAAGGCGACGACGAUGGGCCGCGCAAACGUGGACGGCCAUCCAAAACACCCAGAACCUCAGGAGACUUCACUUCCAACCUUGAUUCGCUUCCUACACCUUCCAGCCAAACUUCACCAGAUCUGACCCAAACGCCAAAACCUCAGGGCGGCGGCCCUCAACACCCGGCGAGCACGCCAGUGCAGGCUUCUCCGCCUCGAACCAUACCCAAAUCGACGAUAAAAGCACUCCCAACUGUGAGGGAUCAUACAAGUGAUGUGCUCCAACCCGAAGGCGAUGAAUACAUGCCCCGUGAAUACGACGAUGCGGGCGAGAAAAAGGUGGAUCAGUUGGGAUACCUGAAAGGGGGACGUGAGUACAAGAUCCGAACUUUUACUCUGCCUGGACGGGGUCAGAAAUUGUUCAUGUUGGCUACGGAAUGCGCGCGACAACUUCAGUAUCGUGACUCGUAUCUUUUGUUCAACAAGAAUCGCUCUCUUUACAAGAUCAUUGCCAGCGUCAAAGAAAAGGAGGAACUUGUCAACCACGAGAUCUUGCCAUAUUCCUACAGGUCGCGCCAAAUAGCCGUUGUCACCGCCCGAUCGAUGUUUCGUCAAUUUGGCAGUCGUGUCAUCAAAGACGGCCGGCGGGUCCGGGACGAUUAUUGGGAAGCCAAAGCCAUCAAGCAAGGAUUUACAGAACAGGAUGCGGCGGGCGAAAAGCGACCGGGAGCUGCCAGAGCAAGAGAGGCAGCUGCUCAAGACCAAAUGAGCGCCAGAACAAAUAUGACAGCCAGCUAUGGUGAUGUUGUCUACAGCAAUGGGCCGGCCUAUGGAGCAGUCCAACCGCCUCCUUUGCAUUCGGGCAUUGCCUCGACCAUGGCUCAGUUGUCAUCCUUCGAUCCUGCCUACGACACCCGGUACAAAGAUAUCGCACGACCAAGGCACGACAUCACAGGACCGCCAUACCAGGACAUCACUCGUUCCAGUACCGAUACCGAGUUGGCAAGUCAAGCAGGACAUGCAGCCGAGUUUAGCAAGAAUAUCAACCAGCAAAAUCGCUAUCGUCGUAGUCUCGUUGAAGAGUACUGGCGCAGACCUCACGAACCACCAGUGUCAACCCCUCCAGCCGAAGCUGAAGCGACUACCACAAGCCAUCCAUUCUCAUCGCCACGUUUCAACACCACUGAUAUGCCGACUUCUCAAGCGGGUGCAAUGUCUCAUCAAUCUCAGCCAUCUCAGUCAUCGAUGAACCCUCCCUCGUUCCCUCAUCAACCACCCUCAAUUCAAUCGCCUGUUCGACAACCAAGUUUACAACAACCCUUCCCUCGCGAUUCUUCCCAGUUCCCCCCUCAACCGCCUCAAUAUCAAAGAUCAUCUUCAAACUUAUCACUCUCACAGUCUGUCUCGCAAUCAGGGCAGGUGCCUUUCAGCGGCGGCGCUUUCUCACCACAUGGGGUAAAUCAACAAUCACAACAGCAGCCGCCGCCGCCGCAGCCGCAACAGACGCAACAGCCCAGCUGGGGUGCCCCUCCACCACAACCCCACCAGUCACCAGCUCUCCAUCGUAUGAGUACGCCUCAAUUUUCUCCCAGUUUGGCCCAAGGGCAGAUUCCCUCACCUUUGCCGGGGGGAGCACAUCCUAGCCCUUCUCCCCACCCACCACAAAUGCAGCCACCACAAAUGCCAAUGCUCCAUCACCAAGGCAGCUCCGGUGGUAUCGGUGGUCAGCAGCUUUACGGGCCUGGAGCAGGACUGCAGGCGAUGAAUGCUGCAGGAUACGGUGCAGUGAGUAUGGGUCCGCGAGGAUUGUAUGGAAUCGGUGGGCAAAACCAGUUUAUGCAGCCCAAUUCCCAACAUGGACAAGGCUGGCCGGGCCCACAGAACCAAGGUCAAGGAGGUGGACAGUGGAAUCAGGGUUAUCAGUGA